AUGGCGCCGCGGGAGGACAUCGUUUCCUCCGCCGUCACCUUUCUUCAAGACCCAUCCGUUGCGUCUGCUCCUCUCGAAAAGAGGAUUGAAUUCCUCAAAUCGAAGAAUCUCACGCAAGAGGAGAUCGAUCUAUCUCUUGCACGCGCCAGCACCGGACCUCCUCAACCACUACCGCCACAAAACGCCGCAUAUUAUCCGCCCUCCCAACAAGCGCGAGGUCCUCCGGGUCCGCAAUACUCGUAUCCCUACAAUCCUUAUGGCGAAUGGCAACCUCCUCCGCCUCCUGAGCCCCCCAGACGGGACUGGAGGGAUUGGUUCAUCAUGGCCACGGUUGUUGGAGGCGCCGGCUAUGGUCUCUACGUCCUCGCGCAGAGAUAUGUCAAGCCUCUAAUAGCACCGCCCACGCCGCCGCAGCUCGAGCAGGACAAGGCGGCCAUAGACGAGCAAUUCAACAAGGCAUUCGCACUACUGGAUACGUUGUCUUCCGACACGGCUGCGCUGAAAGAAGCCGAAGAAGCCAGGACACAAAGACUGGAUAACACCAUAACAGACAUUGAGACGAUCGUCGGCGAGCUGAAGACGGCGAACAUGCGAAGAGAGGAUGACGCGCGACGGAUGGAGGCCGAAAUUAGGAAUAUGAAGGAAAGUCUACCAAGGUCGGUCGAAAGUGUCAAAGAGGCUAGUGAGAGGCAAUUGAAGGAGUUGAGCAGUGAACUGGGAAGCCUGAAAUUGCUACUAGGGAACCGGAUCGGUGGCUCCAGCGGCUUGGGGGCAGGCGGUCAAGGAAUCCCCCGGACUCAGCCUGGUACGAUCCCGAGCUCGAACAGUGCUGCUGGAACUCCUUCAGCCGAAACGGCACCCAGCAACAGCACGCACCCAGGACCUCCAAGACAGACGCACUCCACGGCCACUGGCGCAACGUAUCCUUCAUCCGUGUCUGUGCCUGCAUCUUCCGCGGCAACUCCCAGACCCGCCUCUGCCGCACCGUUCGCUUCCUCCGGCAACAAAGCAGCCAUUCCGGCAUGGCAGAUGGCGGCGGCCAGCAAGGCGAAGGACUUCAACACUGGGUCGGCAGGUGGUGGUGGUCCUGCCACAAAUGGGUCUAGCACACCGCAGGCCGACGGCGCUGAGGCGGUGGCCGCUCUUACAUCGAGUUGA